CACCGGGCCCGUCCCUCCCCCGGCGGCGGCCCCGGCAGAGGAAGUUUUGCCCCAGCGAGGAGAGGGGGCCAGGGGGGCGGGACACGCCGCUGUUACACAGCCUUUUCGGCGUAGAGGAUCCCCCACGCGCACGCACGCUGCUCCCCGCCCGAGGUUUCUUUGGUCCAGCCGGAAUUUGCGACGCUCCCGGGGAUUUUCCCACCCAAGCUGGGGUCUAUGAGCGGGAAGGUGAUCAAGCCCAAAGAAGAGAAAGAUGCUUCCAAGGUUAUGGAUGACGCUCCCCCUGGCACUCAGGAGUACAUUAUGUUACGGCAAGAUUCCAUCCAAUCUGCGGAAUUAAAGAAAAAAGAGUCCCCUUUUCGUGCUAAGUGUCACGAAAUCUUCUGCUGCCCUCUGAAGCAAGUGCACCUCAAAGAGAACACAGAGCCGGAAGAGCCUCAGCUUAAAGGUAUAGUAACAAAGCUCUACAGCAGGCAAGGAUACCACUUGCAGUUGCAAGCAGAUGGAACAAUUGAUGGAACAAAAGAGGAAGACAGUAGUUAUACUUUGUUUAACCUCAUACCUGUGGGUUUACGAGUGGUGGCGAUUCAGGGGGUUCAAACAAAGUUAUAUCUGGCAAUGAACAGCGAAGGAUACCUAUAUACAUCAGAACAUUUUACACCUGAAUGCAAGUUCAAAGAAUCAGUAUUUGAAAACUAUUAUGUGACAUAUUCCUCAAUGAUCUACAGACAGCAACAGUCUGGCCGGGGUUGGUAUUUGGGUCUUAACAAAGAAGGAGAAAUAAUGAAAGGAAACCACGUGAAGAAAAAUAAACCUGCAGCACACUUUCUUCCAAAACCCUUAAAAGUGGCCAUGUACAAAGAGCCUUCCCUCCACGAUCUCACAGAGUUCUCCAGGUCUGGAAGUGGGACCCCAACAAAGAGCAGAAGUGUUUCAGGAGUGCUAAACGGGGGUAAAUCCAUGAGCCAGAACGAGUCCACGUAGCCAGGUUGAGGCCAGCCAAGUGCUCUCUAAAGAACCUUACCUCUGGAUGCAGUUGAAUUCUUACUCGCGGUCUUUCAUCCAAGCCCUCAGGUGCCCAGGACAAGGCACCAGCUCGCAUAGGUCACCCGUUUAUCAGCCAUUAGAUCUUCUGGUUGGCAGAGGAUAACCCCCAGGCAUGUAGAAUGUGCUUGUGCACACCACAAGGCAGUUGGACAGCAGCACACACAGCUGUGGGAAAGCCUCCGAGAAGAAAUGUCCAGCUCUUUCUCUCUCUCACUUUUUCUUUCUCUCUUUUUCUCUCUCUCUCCUAUGCUUUGUGGAAAACGAAACGAAAACAUUUCACAGCAUUCACUGCUGAUAAGAAUUUGCUUUCCAACUCAGAAAAAGACCAUUUUUGCUCUUCAAAGGAAAUUUUAAUGCUUGUAUGUUUUAUAGGGGCAAACAAAAAACAAAUACGUAAACUCUGUUGUUUCCUUGGCUUACCGUUUUAUAUCUAAGGCUUGAUAAAAAAAAUAUAUCCUUUAAUUUGGAAUAGUGCAACUUUUUGAUUUCUGAACUCCAAUGGGUCUUUAAAGCUAUGUCUUUAAAAAAAAUAAUUCAAAAUUCAGGGUUGGAACUGAGAGUUGGUGUCUCAGGCUCAAGCAAACAGUGUUCUUGUGGUUUUAAACACAAUGAAAUAUAAAUUUUUAUAGAUUUGUAGUUUCUGGUAAAGUUCUUGUGCUAACCCCAGUCUGUAGGAAUUGAGUUGUUCUGUCAUCCCAAGUGGAGGUUAACAGAAAGGGAUAAAAUUAUCCUCCAGUGUAGAUUUCUCUUAAUUCCAUUUUGUGUGUCAUGUUAAACUAUCGUUGUGGCUUCUUUUCUAAAGACAGAAACUGUGGAAUUAAGGUGACUUAAUUUUUUUAUAAGAAACGUCUUAUUUGUAAAAGUCCUUUCACUGUAAUGGGCACGUGAGUAUUGUGUAGGAGGAAGCGUUAGGACAGGUUACCCCUAAACAACAUAUACUUAUACUGCUAUUGGAAACAAUCCUUUAAAAAUUGUAGUUAGGUUUCCAUUUAGGUCAUCAUGUCUGUUGCAUGGGAGAAAGUUGGAAUAUUGGCAUAGAGUUGCAUGAUGUGUCAGAUUUUGUGCAUUAAUCAUCGUUGGAUUCUGUGCUCCAAAACUGAAUUAGUUCUGUGCAGGCAGCUUUCUGCCUGGUACAAAAAAGUUGUUUAUUAUUUGUUGUAUACACAACCAUGCACUGAAUAAACUAUUUAUAUUAAGAUGUACUUUUUAAAAAAGCUUGUUUGAUUGUAUGCUGUACAUCCAUGGUUAAUUUGAAGGGAAAAGGGUUGGCAAUUAAAUUAUAAAGUUACAAAAUGUUCAAAAUUAAUUGUAAUUAAUGUUCAAAAUCUUUCUGUGUGAAGGUCAUUCCCUGUAACGCCAUACAUACAGAAAUUCAGACUUUCUUUGGUUUUGGGCACUGUCAGAGCUGGUCCUGCAUGUGCCCAGCUGAGAUACUCAAACACAGCCACACUUGGUGUCCCCAGGCCUCGGGAAUGAGCCCUGAGCUGUGCUGAGCUGUGCUGAGCUGUGCUGAGCUGAGCUGAGCUGUGCUGUGCUGUGCUGC